GCGGCUCCAGGAAACGGCGCGGUCGCCACUCAGCGCUCCAGCGACCCGACGCUCCCCAGACGACCCCGCUAAUUCUGCCAGACCACCAGGCGGGCCCCAGCGGCUGCGGCGGGGACAGUAGUCCCGGGGCCGAGCCUCUGACACCUCCACACAGACGGGGCGGGCGGUGCGGCUAGGAACCCGGGAGGCCAUGGGGACCUGGGCCAGGCCAGCGGUCGCGAGCCAACGGGAGUCUCCGGUCUGAGGAGCAGGCGGCGGGGCGGCGGGGGCCAUGACCUCGGUGUGGAAGCGCCUGCAGCGCGUAGGCAAGCGGGCCGCCAAGUUCCAGUUUGUGGCCUGUUACCACGAGCUGGUGGUGGAGUGCAGCAAGAAAUGGCAACCGGAUAAGCUGGUGGUGGUAUGGACCCGGCGGAACCGACGCAUCUGCUCCAAGGCCCACAGCUGGCAGCCAGGCAUCCAGAACCCAUACCGGGGCACUGUGGUGUGGAUGGUACCUGAAAAUGUGGACAUCUCCGUGACCCUCUACAGGGACCCCCACGUGGACCAGUAUGAGGCCAAAGAGUGGACGUUUAUUAUUGAGAAUGAGUCUAAGGGGCAGCGGAAGGUGCUGGCCUCAGCGGAGGUGGACCUGGCCCGCCAUGCGGGGCCCGUGCCUGUCCAAGUUCCCCUGCGGCUGCGGCUGAAGGCCAAGUCCGUGAAGGUGGUACAUGCGGAGCUGAGCCUCACCCUCUCGGGGGUGCUGCUGCGGGAGGGCCGUGCCACGGACGAUGACAUGCAGAGUCUUGCGAGCCUUAUGAGUGUGAAGCCUAGUGACGUGGGCAACUUGGAUGACUUUGCUGAGAGUGACGAGGAGGAAGCUAAUGGUCCAGGGGCCCCUGAGGCACGGGCUCAUGUGCCCCAGCCAGGCCGGGGCGGUGCCCUGAGGCUGGGGCGUUUCCCAGAUCCUUCCCGGGAGCUGAAGACACUUUGUGAGGAGGAGGAGGAGGGCCGAGUACGGCCCCAGCAGGCAGCUGCCAGCCCUUCUAGUGCUAAGGAUACCAGCUCAACCCCUGUGAGUGCCCCUGCGCCCCCAGCCAGGGCCUCCCGGGGCCAAGGGUCAGAAGCAGCUACUACAAAAGGGGGCCAGGUGGGGCCUGAGGCCCCAAGGUCCCCAGGAACCCCACCGGAGACGAGGUCCUCAAGACAGCCAGCCCAGGACAUGGCCCCCACCCCGGCCCCUCGGCUCCGGAAAGGCUCUGAUGCCCCCUGGCCCUCAGUCCCCCAAGGGAAGGAUGAGGCCCCUAAAGCCUCAGGAGCUCCUCCAGCAGGAGUGGGCUCUGCUGGGGAGAACCAGGCCCAGGCAAGCCCUCAGGAAGGGACAGAGGUCCAGGGAGCCAGGCCAGGCCCAGGCACCGAGGACGAAGGCUGCAGAGACUCUUUGGGAGGGCAGAAAGCCAAGGUUGAGGAGGGAGCCAUUGGGGACCGGCCAGAGGCCAGUGGGGUGGACACCGAGCAGGGGUCAGGAGUUAGAGGUGUGAACACUAAGAGAUCAGAGGUCACAGCUGGGAAGGCUGAAGAGAGUUCAGAAGUUAGUCAAGUGGAUGCUGAGCAGAGGUCAAAGAUGAAACAUAUAGAUACUAAGGGACCAGAGGCUAAAGGGGUGAUGUCUGAGGCAAGAUUCAAGGGGACACCUGAGGCUCCUCCAAGGGGUUCUCAGGGGAGGACAGGGGUCAGGACCGGGGAUGAGUCUCCCAUAAUCCAGAGCCCACUCCCGGCAGAGCCUGCAGGGUUCUCCAUGCAUCUCAGUGACCCCAAGGAAGUCAGGGCUGCUGCAAGUCAGGGGAGAGAGGAUGAAGAGGUAAGGGGUGGGGCCUCUGGUAUUGGGGGUACAGGCCUGGAGCAGGGUCCCUCUGUUGGAGCAGCAAGCACCAGGCCCCAGGUGAGCAGGUACCAGGGAGCCCCACCAGCAGCUGACCAGGGGACAGUGUCUAAGGAUUUGGGGAUCUGGGAGGCAGAAACUGGGGACUUGAGGGUCCUGAGAUCAGAGACGGGGUUGGCAGAGUCAGAGGUUCAGGGGACCCAGGAGACAGAAGCAGGGGGAUCAGGGUUCCCAAAGAUAGAGACUGGGACAGCAGAAGCUGAGAUAUUGGGGGCCCGGGAGACAGAGGUAGCGAGAUCAGGGGUCCUGGAGUCAGAGGCUGCUGGGAUGGCAGAACCUGAGGAACUGGAGACCCAGAAAACAGAGGUGAGGGUUCCAGGGAACCUGGGGGCGGAGGCUGGGAUGGCAGAGUGUGAGGUACUGGGGACCCAGAAAACAGAUGCUGGGGGUUCAGGAGUUCUGGAGAUUAAGACUAGGAGUGCAGAGACUGAGAUAUUGGGGACCCAGGAGAUAUCUGGGGGCUCAGGAGUACUGAGGAUAGGAGCUAAGAUAGCAGAACAUGCAAUAUUGGGGGCUCAGGAGAUAGAGGUAGGAGAUUCUGAGGUGCCAGAGAUAGAGGCUGAGAGGGCAGAGGCUCAGGUAUUGGGGACCCAGGAGAUAGAGGUGGGGAAUUCAGAGAGCUCAGUGAUAAAAUCUGAGAUUUCAGUGACCCAGGAAACAGAGUUAGGGGCUUCCAAGAUUCCAGGGUUUGAGGCUGAGACAGCAGAAGCUGAGAUAUUGGGGACCCAGGAGAUAGCAGCUGAGGGUUCAAGGGUCCCAGAGAUAGAAUCUGAGGUAGCAGAGGCCCAGGAAACAGAGGUAGGGGAUUCAGGGGUCCUAGGGAUAGAGAUUGAGACAGCCAAAGCUGAGAUAUUGGGGACCCAGAAGAAAGCAUCUGGGAAUUCAGAGGUCCCAAGGAUGGAGACUGAGACAGCAAAAGCUGAGAUAUUGGGGACCCAGGAGAUAGAAGCUGAGGGUUUAAGAGUCCCAGGGAUGGAGACAGUGGUGGGGGAUUCAGGGGUUUCAGGGCCACAGGUUGGAAGGGCAGAGGCUGAGGGACUGGGGACUCAACAGACAGAAACUACAGUUCUGGAGGCUGAGAAGACUAUGAUCUCAGGGGUCCCAAAGGCAGAGACAGGGCUCUUGGGGACCUUCAUAUAUGAGGCUUUAAGGGCCCCAGUCACUAAGCAUGGAGUUUUAGGGUCCCAGGGAACAGAGGCAGAGACUACAGUUUUGAGGGUCCAGGAAGCAGAGGCUGAGGUUUGGGGGUUUUCAGAGGCCAAGUCUGGGAUUUGGGAGGCCCAGGAAACAGAGAUGGAAGUUUUCAGGCCUCCAGAGAACCAAUCUGGUAUUUUCGAGGCCCAGGAAGCAGAGGCUGGGGUCUUGGGAACCGAGAAGGGAGAAGAAGCUGAGGGAAGCCUCCCAGAGGCCAGCCCGAUUAAGGCGCAGGUGGCCAAUGGGGCAGGGGCUGGGGUGCCCAGGCCCUCAGGGCCCUCUUCCCCAAAGGAGCCUGAAGAGGACAGGAGGCUGCCGGGCAGCCAGGCAUCACCUGUCCUGGUCAGCUCCAGCCAGUCCCUACUGGAGUGGUGCCAGGAAGUCACUGCUGGCUACCGUGGUGUCCGUGUCACCAACUUCACUACAUCCUGGCGCAACGGCUUGGCUUUCUGUGCCAUAUUGCACCGAUUCUACCCAGACAAGAUCGACUAUGCCACCCUUGACCCGCUGAAUAUCAAACAGAACAACAAGCAGGCCUUCGAUGGCUUCGCGGCCCUGGGCGUGUCGCGGCUGCUGGAGCCAGCUGACAUGGUGCUGCUGUCGGUGCCCGACAAGCUAAUCGUCAUGACGUACUUGUGCCAGAUCCGUGCCUUCUGCACCGGGCAGGAGCUGCAGCUGGUGCAGCUGGAGGGCGGUGGCGGCGCCGGCACGUACCGCGUGGCCAGCGCCCAGCCCAACCCGCCCGACGACCUGGACGCUGGCGGCCUGGCGCAGCGGCUACGCGAGCACCGGGCCGAGACACCCGAGGAGCCCAAGGAGGCCGCGAGCCACGCGGACAGGCCAGCCCCGGAGGUGGCCUCCAAGGACCGCGGGGCCGAGGCCACCCAGGAGGCCCGCUCUGCAGAGGCCCCUGCGGAGGGCCCCGGAGCCCGAGCAUUGGUGCCCCCGGCAGAGGGUCUGGUGAACGGGGCCGGGGCGCCGGGUGCGGUGGGCGGCGUGCGGCUGCGACGGCUGUCAGUGAAUGGGGAGGCCGGGCCUGUGCCCCCGCCCCGGGCGCAUGGUUCCUUCUCCCACGUGCGCGACGCCGACUUGCUAAAGAAGAGGCGCUCGAGGCUACGGAACAGCAAUUCCUUCUCCGUGGACGACCCGGACACUGGAGCCGUGGCUGCGGAAGGCCUGAGCCCUGAUCCCAACCCUGCCUCCAGCCCACCCAUAGCCACAACCCUGCAGCAGCCCCCUGGUGGGAGUACCCCAUCGGAGGAGCCACCCCCAAGCCCAGGGGAGGAGGCUGGACUGCAACGGUUCCAGGACACAAGUCAGUAUGUUUGCGCAGAGCUGCAGGCCCUAGAACAGGAGCAGAGGCAGAUAGAUGGGCGGGCAGCCGAGGUGGAGACUCAGCUGAGGAUCCUCAUGGAGUCAGGUGCCAACAGGCUGCAGGAGGAGGUGCUGAUCCAGGAAUGGUUCACACUGGUCAACAAGAAGAACGCUCUCAUCCGGAGACAGGACCAGCUGCAGCUGCUCAUCGAGGAGCAGGACUUGGAGAGGAGAUUCGAGCUGCUGAGCCGGGAGCUACGGGCCAUGCUAGCCAUCGAAGACUGGUUGAAAACGGCGGCGCAGCAGCACCGAGAGCAGCUCCUGCUGGAGGAGCUCGUGUCGCUGGUGAACCAGCGCGACGAGCUGGUCCGGGAUCUGGACCACAAGGAGCGGAUCGCCAUGGAAGAGGACGAACGCCUGGAGCGUGGCCUGGAGCAGCGGCGCCGCAAGUUGAGCCGGCAGCUGAGCCGGCGCGAACGCUGCGUACUGAGUUGAGGUUGCACCGCCGUGAUGGAGUCCUCAGCUUUUCUGUCUCCGCGCCGUGUCGUCACCCCAAGCCUGCUCGCUGGACGACCGCGCCCUUGCGCGGCCUGUAGGGGCCGCCGUAGCCCGUUUACUGGGACAAGUAGGGCUGCCCCUCGGCACUGCCGGGCCGUAUUUAUUUGUACGUGUGAGUGUCUGUGUCCGUGUGUGUGUGUUCGUGGGGCUGGGGGUUCCUAGAGCGCCGCGCAGACCUCCUCCCCAACUGCGAGUGUCCGUGUCCGUGUGUGUGUGUGUGUGUGUUCGUGUGUUCACGGGGUGGGGGUUCCCAGAGCCCCGCGCAGACCUCCUCCCCAACUGCAGGGUCUGGGCGGCCAGCCUCCGGGGAGCAUGAUGGCUGUGAACUAUCGCGCCCCGCCCUCCUCUGCUUCCUUUUCCUUGUUGAGCAAUAAAUUUGGACAAGUCUACA